UGCAUCCACGAGGUGAGCCGUGAGGUCGCAACCGGCAGAGAUCUUACGGUUUCUGUAAAAUAUAUUCUGAUAAGUUUGAGGCAACUCCGUACACAAUUUUGCAUCCAAAAUGUCCUCUUUGGGGACCCUCGCCUUCGAUGAAUAUGGACGUCCGUUCAUCAUUAUCAAAGAUCAGGAUAAGAAAUCGCGGUUGACGGGCCUUGACGCGCUGAAGUCUCACAUCAUGGCAGCCAAAGCUGUGGCCAACACCCUCCGGACGUCUCUGGGCCCGAACGGACUUGAUAAGAUGAUGGUGGAUAAGGAUGGCGAGGUCACGGUCACCAAUGACGGUGCGACUAUUCUCAGCAUGAUGGAUGUUGAGCACCAGAUCGCAAAACUCAUGGUCGAGCUCUCCAAAUCUCAAGAUGACGAAAUCGGGGAUGGCACUACUGGCGUUGUUGUGCUUGCCGGUGCCCUUCUGGAGCAAGCCGAACAGCUUCUGGACCGGGGAAUUCACCCCAUCCGCAUCGCCGACGGUUACGAUCAGGCCGCCCGGAUCGCCAUCGAACAGCUCGACAAGAUCAGCGACAGCUUCCCCGUGGAUACCCAGAACACAGAACCCCUGAUCCAGACCGCCAUGACAACGCUGGGCUCUAAAGUGAUCAAUCGCUGCCACAGACAGAUGGCACAGAUCGCCGUCGACGCCAUCCUGACCGUGGCGGACAUGGACCGGAGGGACGUGGACUUCGAGCUCAUCAAGAUGGAGGGCAAGGUCGGCGGGAAGCUGGAGGACACCCAGCUCAUCAAAGGCGUGAUCGUGGACAAAGAGUUCAGUCACCCCCAGAUGCCCAAGGUUUUGAAGGACACAAAGAUUGCGAUUCUCACCUGCCCGUUUGAGCCCCCCAAGCCCAAAACCAAGCACAAGCUGGACGUGACCUCAGUGGAGGACUACAAAGCCCUGCAGAAGUACGAGAAGGAAAAGUUCGAGGAAAUGAUCCGUCAGAUCAAAGACAAUGGAGCCAACCUGGCCAUCUGUCAGUGGGGUUUUGAUGAUGAAGCGAACCACUUGCUGCUACAGAAUGAGCUCCCAGCAGUCCGCUGGGUUGGUGGGCCUGAGAUCGAGCUGAUUGCCAUAGCGACCGGCGGACGCAUCGUGCCCAGGUUCUGUGAGCUGACCCCAGAGAAGCUGGGCACUGCUGGGAUGGUGAAGGAGAUCUGCUUCGGCACCACCAAGGACCGCAUGCUGGUGAUCGAGGAGUGCAAGAACUCCAGGGCCGUCACCAUCUUCAUCAGAGGAGGGAACAAGAUGAUCAUCGAGGAGGCGAAACGCGCCCUUCACGAUGCGGUUUGCGUCAUCCGUAACCUGGUCAGGGAUAACCGCGUCGUCUACGGAGGCGGUGCCUCAGAGAUCGCCUGCGCUCUGGCGGUGAACGAGGCCGCAGACAAGUGCCCCUCCCUGGAGCAGUACGCCAUGAGGGCCUUCGCGGACGCCCUGGAGUCCAUCCCCAUGGCGCUGGCAGAGAACAGCGGGAUGAACCCCAUUCAGACCAUGACCGAGGUCAGGGCCCGACAGGUGAAGGAGAGCAACCCCGCCCUGGGGAUCGACUGCCUGCACCUGGGCACAAAUGAUAUGAAGCAGCAGCACGUGAUCGAGACCCUGAUCGGGAAGAAGCAGCAGAUCUCCCUGGCGACCCAGGUGGUGAAGAUGAUCCUGAAGAUCGAUGACAUCAGAAACCCGGGAGAGUCUGACGAUUGAGGCGGCGAGGCGUGCGCCGUAUGACCGAGAGGGGGGGGCGGAGUCUCAGAGCCCUCGGUAGCCCCUGGCCCCCGUGCCCCUGGUUUAGCAUAGCGCCAUGUCCUGACUUUAGUGCAGUUAUUUAUUGUUUGAUACCACAAUGUCUCCCUGAGCUGUAACUGUACGGAGUUCACAAAUAAAGCUUUGGUAUGU